AAAAAAACCCAAUCAAAUCCUAACCCUCUUCCUCUACUUCUGUGGAGAAUAAACAAUGGAAAUCUGAAGAUCCCAUCUUCACCAGCCAAAGACUCUCUCAGUUUUUUAAUGGCUUCCUUCAUUUUCUGCAUCAAAUGGUAGAAAGGUUCAUCCAUUACCUGGAAAAAGAAGAAAAGGAGUGAGUGGUUAUUGAGUAUAGUAUCUCAUUUCCUGAGAUGCCAAGAUUUUUAAAUGAAAUGAAGCAAAAGGAUGGUUAUCUGAUAUACCCAUCUCCCCUUUCACCUUUUGAUGGUGGCACUGAUCCAAAAUCAAAUGAUUCUACACCAUCGCCAUCAUCAUCUUCUUCUUUCAGCAGUAUCAGCCCAAUCCUUCUUCUAGUUAUAGUGAUUCUAGCAGUCAUCUUUUUCAUCUCUGGUUUACUCCAUUUGCUCGUUCGAUUUCUACUAAAAAGAUCUUCCCCAUCAAUCUACCAAUCCAAUCGAUACGCAGAACGGCCUGGAUCUCACACACUCCAAAGACAGCUCCAGCAGCUCUUUCGCCUUCACGAUUCAGGCCUCGACCAAACCUUCAUCGACGCUUUGCCAGUGUUCUUGUACAAAGAUAUCAUGGGUUUAAAAGAGCCAUUCGAUUGCGCCGUUUGUCUCUACGAAUUUUCCGAUCAGGACAGGCUGAGAUUACUCCCCAUCUGUAGCCAUGCUUUUCACAUCAGUUGCAUAGACACAUGGCUACUCUCAAACUCCACAUGUCCACUCUGCAGGGCCACCCUUUUGGGCUCCAGUUUCCCUUCCGAAAACCCUAAUCUCAACGAGAUUUUUGGGCAAGAACACAAUUAUCACAGACAACCAGAAAACACGGUUUCUGGAAAUCAUCAGAAACGAGUAACAACAACAAUGGAGGAAUCUGCAGGGGAAAUGAGAGUAUUGUCUGUGAGACUCGGGAAGUUCAAGAAACUAAACAACGAAGAAGAAGAAGAAGAAGAUGAUGAUGAUGAUGAAAUAGAAGAGAAAGGAGAAAGCAGUAGUCAAAAUAACCUUAACGCGAGAAGAUGCUACUCAAUGGGGACUUACCAAUACGUUGUUGGAGAAUCAGAUUUACAGGUGAUGAAGGAGAAGUUAAACAUAGAGAAUGUAAGAGGAAAUGGGGAAAUGGACGGGAAGAAAAUCAGUGGGAGAAGUAAAGGGGAAAGUUUCUCGGUGUCGAAGAUUUGGCAAUGGUCGAAGAAGAGUGAGUUGCCAAUUACGAGCAGCUCCAACAGUGAAUGGAAGACGGCAGUUGUGUGAAAUGUUCAUCAAUGGAGUUCCGAAUUGUAUCAGACAAAUGGGAUCAAAAUGAUUGUUGGUUUCUUCUAUUUGAUUGAAUUCAGUUUUCUGUUAGUAAGGAGCUCUCAAGUUGUGUGUAAAACUUGGAACAAUGAAGAACACAAUGGUAUCCAAUUACUCGAGUUUUAGAUCUGUCCUAACAAUGGCGAAUGAUGAUUUGAUCAAAUAUGGAGUUUUUCAAUUUUACGGAAA